AUGUACAUCCCAUCCACCCUCACGCUCCUCACAGCAGCAGCCCUCCAGCUCGCCACCCCAGUCUCGGCAAACUACGAGACCGGCAAAGCCGUGCAGAUCAACUUCUACUCCAACUCGGGCUGCUCGGCCUACACCGGCGAGACGGCGGCGUGGUGGACCCGCUCCCCCCACGCGGGCGAGUACGUCAACGGCGGGAGCGCCGGCGACUGCUUCUCGCUCGGCAUGCCGGGCGCCAGCGGGAGCCUCAACGUGGCCAACGUGUGGCGGGGCAACGGGGCCAAGACGGGCGGCAGCUGCGACUUGUAUGAUGGGUACAACUGCGGCGGCGUCAAGGGCGGCAUUGGGUUCGAUAAGAACUCGGGGUCGGGAGGUUGUGUUGCUUCGAGGAGCUCGAGUGGAUUGUUGUGGAAGAGUGCUCGGUGUGGUGCCGCCUAA